AUGGAAGGCUUAGGUCUCGUAAGCGGUGGUCUGGGCUCCAAGAGAAGCAGCAGCAGCAGCAGCAGCAGCAGCAGCAGCAGCAGCAGCAGCAGCAGCAAGAAGCAAGAAGCAGUAAGAAGCCGCAGCAAGCAGCUGCAGCAGAAAAAAGCAGCAGCAAGCAACCGCAGCAGCAGCAUCAACCAGCCGCAGCAGCAAGAAGCAGCAUCAAGCAGCAGAACAAGCAGCAGCAAGCAGCUGCAGCAGAAAGAAUCAGCAGCAGCAACCAGCCGCAGCAGCAAGAAGCAGCAGCAAGAAGCAGUAUCAAGCAGCAGCAGUAGCAGCAGCAACCAGUCACAGCAGCAAGAAGCAGCAUCAAGCAGCAGCAGAAGCAGCAGCAAGAAGCAGUAUCAAGCAGCAGUAUCAAGCAACACCAACAGCAGCACAAGGAGCAGUACGAAGCAGCAGCAAGCAGCCGCAGCAAAAAAAAAACGAAAAAAA